UUGGCUGCAGCUUGUCCGAUCUUUCGCUGCGCCGUAGCAGUCCUUGCACCACUUGGAAUUGCCCUAAGCCAUGGGAAGCAUCGUUGUGAGCUGCUUCCUGCUGCUCAGCGGGCUGUGUGCCUUUGCCGAUGGCAGUGCGUUGGGCUGUUUGGCGGAAAUCUUCCCAGAGGAGACCUGGGUGCAACUCGGGACCUUCGGUGACGCCUUCCGCAUCGCCCAUAUGACCUGCGUGGCCCUGGGGCAUAGCGCCGAGACCUGUCAGGAGGUCACAGGGCAGCCUUUCGAGCGAUUCAGCAAGCGCAUGGCCGGCCCCAUCCAAGUGGAUGAGCGACUCUGCGGUGACCUCACUGCGGCGUUUGCCAAGGUCAUAUCGUCGGCCACAACGCUGCCGGUCGCGGUGGCCGACAAGAUCCAGAGCUCCCAGCAACAAGUGGGAAGGUCCUUCCUGGAGAGGUCGAAGCGCUGCGUUUCAGCCGGCCUCGACUGCGAGGCGGCGGAGGUGGGUUCGUCUUCCGCCCCUGCCGAAGCUGAGCAAUGGUGCCCGGGCUUGCUCGAUUGGCUCCACCGCGAGGAGGGCUUUGGGCCCGAGGGCUACCACGUGAUUUGCCUGCAGCCGGCUGCACCGAGUGGGAGGGUUCCGCGCGGGAAGAUCCCGGCCUGGGUCUUCCGCAACGCCUCGGGCCUCGGCGCCGAGCGCGCAGCGCUGCCUCGGCCAUGGCGCAGCUUCCGCGCGGAGCUGCAGCGCCGCGCCAGGCUGCGGCCCAGCGGUAGGUGGGAGCUUCAUCCGUGGCAACUCUUCGACAUCCAGGGGAAGGUGGUGGAAGACAUGCGGGGCGCCUUGGGUGCUUCGCUGCUGCUGGCAUUCGAGGGAGGAGAGUUCCAAUACCCGGCGGUGCACCUGGGCUUCCGCCGUGAGGUGGGCCUGGGAAGGGCUGUGACCCUGACAACGGUGGCCCUGCGGCCGGUGGCCUUCCUCGUGCAGGGCGCCCUGAGCCGGAAGGAGGCCCGAACCUUGCAGAAGCUGGCGCGGCCGAGGCUGAACCAAAGCCAAGUGCUACAGCUGGACCCUGUCGCCGGAGCUGCGCAGCGGGACCCGCGCACGAGCUCCUCCACGUUUCUGCCAGAGGAGGAUGUGGUGGUAGACGUGCUGAACCGCUCGCGGCACUUGCUGCGUGUGCUGGGCCGUCAGGAGGGUGUGCAGGUUGUCAGGUAUCGGAAGGGCCAGCGCUACGCUGCCCACUGGGACUACUUCGACCCCAAACUCUUCCGGAAGCAGAAGGACGUGGCGGGCAGGCUGACGCACAGGCGGAACCGCCUGGCCACACUGCUCUUCUACCUCUCGAACACUUCCAAGGGCGGCGCCACGGCCUUUCCCAUGGCCUACGGCGCCUCCAGACCCCUGGACCCUGAGGAUUGCGAGCCGUGGCUGCAGGUGCCUGCAAGCAAAGGAACAGGACUGCUUUUCUACAACUUGCAUGCGGACGGCCGCCCUGAUGUGUCUUCCAACCACGCGGGCUGCAAGGUGGAGGAUGGCGAGAAGUGGGCGGCCAACAUUUGGGCAUGGAAUUCGAAGAUCCAGGAGGUGCUUGACCCUGAUUUCGAUGAUGAGCUCUAAGCAGCCGAGGGGUGUGUCACAACUACGGGCUUCCACUUUCAAGGAAACUGCCAUGACACCUUGAGGAGGUCUGUAAGUUUGGCGCGGAUCCCGGCAGUGUAGAGUGCGGGCUGCUUCCCAAGUCUGAAGCAGGUAGUGCUCGUGCAGCUGCGAGGGGAUGUUGCUUCAAUGGGUGCUGAAGCCUCCUUUCGCAGCUGGUGGAGCUUUUUGGGGCUUACAAAGUGUGCACCGCCUACCUUGUGCAAUCUCAAUGUCUGUCGAGA